AUGACCGGUGCGGUCAAGGGCAAGGCGCUCCUCUCAGUAGAGGCACGACUGCGCCAACUCAUGCAGGCUCGCAAGCAGCGCGAGACAGCGUGGUUUGUCUCGACAUGGCGCAGGUCGCAUCUGCAAUUGAACAACGCCACGUGGCCUCCGUCCAAUCGGCGGAUUGCUGAGCUGGCAGCAGCCAAUAGGUUGCCUCCACGCGUGCCAAAGAGAAUGAGGAGUGUCCCUAGCAGCAAGCAACGGAGAGCAAGCAAGGCGGCUUUGGGAGAUGAGGAUGUGUCAGCAGGGGGACGUGAUGACGUGGCAGCAGAGGGAAAUGGUGACGUGGCAGCAGUGGGAGAUGAUGACAUCAUCAUUGUGUUGCUCGUGCACAACCGGCCGGCGUAUCUCAACCGCACUCUGGAUGCUCUGAGCAAAGUGGACGGCAUACAGCACGCCCUGCUUAUAGUCAGUCACGACGGCUUCUACCCGCCCAUGCACGCCCUCGUCCAAUCCAUCUCCUUCUGCCGGGUCAAGCAGCUCUACUUCCCCUUCUCGCCACACCUCUUCAACGGAACCUUCCCGGCAGCUUCUGCCGACGACUGCCGCGGCAAGUCAAGGCGGCCGUGGGAAACGAAAGCAGGGGGAGCUGAGCGGUGGGAGCAGAGGGCUCGUACGGGAGGAAAGCUGAGGAAGUGGCAUGGUCGGGGCAUGGGUAACAAGGGGAUGGUGAGGGAUGGUGGGAUGAGGCACGCUGCUAGCAACAGUUUGAGCAAAGGGGAGGAGGUGGGGGAGGAGGAAGGGGGAGAUGAGAUGCCGUGUUGGGGCCAGGCAGAUGAAUUCGGAUCUUAUCGUGACCCAAGAAUAGUCUCACUUAAGGUGCGUGCAUGUGCAUGUGCUGCUGUGAACACGGUGUGGAACGGCCUGCCAGAGACCAGGGCAUUCAACGGCCACAUGCUCUUUAUAGAGGAGGACCACUGGCUCUUCCCCAACGCACUUAGCCACCUCCGCUCUUUGCUAAGCGCCAAGUGCCGCGGGCGCUGCAACGAGUGCAUCGCUGUGAGCCUCGCCCCUGCUGAUGUGGGGGUGGUGGAGGAUGAGGAGGAGGGUGCGGUGGAGAGGAGGGGAGUGAAGACUGCAGUGCAAGCACAGCGGGAGGUGGAGGAUCGGCAAAGGGGCGUGGCUGGAGUGAGGCGAUUGAGGCUGUCGGUCAGAAGAGUCGAGGGGAAUGCGGUGGAGAAGGGUGGAGUUUUGAGGCGGAUUGGGCACUUCACGGCGGAGAGGCUGGGCAACGUGGGGUACAGCUUCAACCGCAGUGUGUGGGCGAUGAUGCAUGGCCUGGCACAGGUGGGGUAUGUUGUUCCUCAGGUGGGGUAUGUUGUUCCUCAGUGGGGUAUGUUGUUCCUCAGGUGUGGUAUGACCCCGGGGUAUGGGAUGGGCAACGUGGGAAGAGCUAGGAUAGGAGUGUGUGGGUGGGAGGUGAUGCAGGGGCUGGCAGGGAUAUGGUGGUGA